UCUUCAGUUUUGAAAAUCGUAGAGUUGGCCCGCGCUGCACCGCCCGGUGGCUUCCCUGCAGCCGCGAGCCCUGGAGGCCUGGAGCGGUGGGACUUAAGCGGGCUAGGGUGUGUGCUGGGAAGGUCGCCGGACUUGGACCGGAGCAGCACUUCGGAGACGCCGUGCAGUCGAACAGAGCCACCAUGGGGACCACAGCCCCAGGGCCCGUUCACCUGCUGGAGCUGUGUGACCAAAAGCUCCUGGAGUUUGUCUGCAACGUGGACAAUAAGGACUUGGUGUGGCUGGAGGAGAUUGAGGAGGAGGCCGAGCGCAUGUUCACCAGAGAAUUCAGCAAAGAGCCCGAGUUGAUGCCCAAAACACCUUCUCAGAAGAACCGACGGAAGAAGAGACGGAUUUCUUAUGUUCAGGACGAAAACCGAGACCCCAUCCGGAAAAGGUUAUCCCGCAGAAAGACUCGGAGCAGCCAGCUGAGCUCCUGGCACCUCCGCAGCAAGGACAAGGUGGAGAAGCUGGCCACAGUGGUGGCAGAAAACGGCUCCGUCCUGCGGCGGGUGACCCGUGCUACGGCCGCCGCUGCUGCGGCCACUGCGGCAAUGACGGCGAUGGCCCCCGAGUCUCCCACGACGCUGACCAAGAAGCCCAGGGAUAGCCUGGCCCCGUGCCCGCUGGUGCCCAUGGUGGAGAUAGGUGCCAGUGAGCGCCGGAGCGCCGAGCAGCACCUCAGCCAGCUCCACCCUGCCCAGGCCCCGGCCUCUACAGAUGAGGACUCAACGCCCAAGAAGUCAGAGGCCAGCAGACCGGAGCCCGUCACCGUGAGCUCCCUGAUGACCACACCCCAGGGCCCCAAGGGCCGAGGGGUCGGAGCAGGGCGCUCCGCCUCCAAGCUCCGGAUCGCCGUGGCCUCCCCGGGCCCGCAGGACUCGCCUGGCUCUCCAGCCUCCCCGUGGCAGGAGCGGGUGCUGGCGCCCAUCCUGCCAGAUAAUUUCUCCACGCCCACGGGCUCCCGCGUGGACCGGCGGUCAGUGCGGCGCAGCCUGAUCACCCCGGGCUCCCAGGUCUUGCCGGCCCAGCAGUCCGCCCAGGUUUCCAAAGAGCAGAGCACCGUCCGAAGAUCAAGCCGAAGGAUUGCCAAGAAGGCCACCAAAGAGCCGGCUGCUUCUGCCCGCAUCAUCUGCCACAGUUACCUGGAGAGGCUCCUGAAUGUUGAGGUGCCCCAGAAAGUCAGCCCCAAGGCAAAGGAGCCCAGCGAGGAAGCUGAGCCUGAGGUGGUGGCCCAGCCGGAGGUCCCCAAGAACAAUGACAGCACCUUGCGGCUCCGCAGUGCCACCAAGAUCGCCAUCAGCACGCCCGGCUCGCAGCCUGCAGCAGGCACGCCCUCCGAAGGGCAGCAGGAGGCCAGGACCGACCAAGCAGAUGGCCCCAAGGAGCCACCCCAGAGUGUCAGGAGGAAGCGCAGCUACAAGCAGGCGGUGAGCGAGCUGGAUGAGGAGCAGCAGCUGGAGGAUGAGGAGCUGCAGCCGCCCAGGAGCAAGACCCCGUCCCCGCCCUGUCCCGCCAGCAAGGUGGUGCGGCCCCUCCGGACCUUCCUGCACACCGUGCAGAGGAACCAGAUGCUCAUGACCCCGACCUCGACCCCGCACAGCAGCAUCAUGAAAUCCUUCAUUAAGCGCAACACCCCCCUGCGCGUGGACCCCAAGAGCAGCUUCGUUGAGAAGGAGCGGCAGCGCCUGGAGAACCUGCGGCGGAAGGAGGAGGCCGAGCAGCUCCGCAGGCAGAAGGUGGAGGAGGACAAGCGGCGGCGGCUGGAGGAGGUGAAGCUGAGGCGUGAGGAGCGCCUUCGCAAGGUGCUGCAGGCCCGGGAGCGGGUGGAGCAGAUGAAGGAGGAGAGGAAGAAGCAGAUCGAGCAGAAGUUUGCUCAGAUCGACGAGAAGACAGAAAAGGCCAAGGAGGAGCGGCUGGCCGAGGAGAAGGCCAAGAAGAAGGCAGCGGCCAAGAAGAUGGAGGAGGUGGAGGCGCGCAGGAAGCAGGAGGAGGAGGCGCGGCGGCUCAGGUGGCUGCAGCAGGAGGAGGAGGAGCGGCGCCACCAGGAGCUGCUGCAGAAGAGGAAGGAGGAGGAGCAGGAGCGGCUGCGGAAGGCGGCCGAGGCCAAGAGGCUGGCGGAGCAGCGCGAGCAGGAGCGGCAGCUGGCGGAGCAGCGCGAGCAGGAGAGAAAGAGGGAGCAGGAGCGGCAGCUGGCGGAGCAGGAGCGGCGGCGGGAGCAGGAGCGGCUCCAGGCCGAGAGGGAGCUGCAGGAGAAGGAGAGGGCCCUGCGGCUGCAGAAGGAGCGGCUGCAGAAGGAGCUGGAGGAGAAGAAGAAAAAGGAAGAGCAGCAGCGCCUGGCUGAGCAGCGGCUGCAGGAGGAGCAGGAGAAGAAAGCCAGGGAGGCCGCAGCGGCCAGCAAGAGCCUGAACGUGACCGUGGACGUGCAGUCUCCAGCUUGUACCUCGUAUCAAAUGACUCCCCAGGGGCACAGAGCGCCCCCCAAGAUCAACCCGGAUAACUACGGGAUGGAUCUGAACAGUGACGACUCCACCGAUGAUGAGGCCCAUCCCCGGAAGCCCAUCCCCAACUGGGCCAGAGGCACCCACCUCAGCCAGGCCAUCAUCCACCAGUACUACCACCCCCCGAACCUUCUGGAGCUCUUCGGAACCAUCCUCCCGCUGGACCUGGAGGACAUCUUCAAGAAGAGCAAGCCCCGCUACCAUAAGCGCACCAGCUCCGCCGUGUGGAACUCGCCGCCCCUCCAAGGCGCCAGGCUCCCCGGCAGCCUGGCCUACAGCCUGAAGAAGUACUGAGGCCAGGGGCCCUCUCGGCGGGCUCGGCCUGUGUCUGUGUCUGUCUGUCCGCGUCUCUGUUGGUGUGGUGCCCUCCUGCCUGGGGUCCUGUCGCUGAGGGUUUGGGCCCGUGUAUAUAGGCGUCUUGAGUGCUGCGAGUGGAAAGCGACCCGGGCCUGUCGGGAGGCUGAGCUUGGUGGGUGUUUGGGCAGAACCAGGCCCAGCCCCGUCUGGUCUGCUGACAGCACUGUGUACAUAGACUGUGAUGAUUCAGCUGCGUUUUAGCCUCUAGUGUUUGAGAGCUAGAUUAAUAAAGUCUGUUCCUUCAA